UUCUUUUGAUCGCCGUUAAAUAUACUGUAUAUAAUGUAAAAUAUGUAUGUAUGUAUGUAUACUAUUAUGUCUUUCAUUUAUUCUCCAGUACCAUUAUGACAAUGUGGCCAGAAAAACUUAGAAAGGAUGAGUCUGGUUGGGUGAUCUAUCCUGAGAACUUAGCACAGGCUCCAGUCAAGGGCGGUACCACGCUGAACAAGUUGCAGACUCUUGUGAAAAAAUCAGAAUCGUGUACCACGGCAAAGACCGGUUUGAAGAAGAUAAAAGAAUGCAAGUUAUGUGCUGACCACUACAACACCUCUCUUGCUGAUGCUGUUUAUGACGUCAGCACACCGCCUGAUUUGAUGACGUCAUUUUCCAAUCUGGCUCUUGGCUCGCUUUUCCGCGCCAAGUUUAAAGGUGGAGAUGGAAAGGAUCAGUCUGUAUUCAGGGCUGAGCUUGAGACUUGGGGUCACACGAACUCUGAUUUUGGUCUUCUGUUGAAGAAACUCAAAGAAAUGGCGAUCAUUUUCCCUGUCAAGAGCUCUGAAACCACAACAAAAAACCCCACCACCACCACUUCCACUACGACUACAACUACGACUACGACUACUACUACUACGACUACUACUACUCCUACGACUACUCCUACGACUACUCCUACGACCACUCCUACGACUACUCCUACGACCACUCCUACGACUACAACCACCACUACAACAGCGACCCCCACCACCACCACCACCAACGACCACUGCACCACCGCCAGCUCCAGCACCAACAACUACAACUACACUUACCGCAGAAGAUAG